GGGGAAAAGAACAGCUAAAUCAAUACAGUGAUUUCCUAAUGAGCACUUCCUGAUUUUAGUAUUGGAUUAACAUUUGAUUACCUGUGGUGGGUGAUGGAUGUGUGGGUGACUUGUAGGCAUGUACGGAGAUCCAAUCAUUGACCUGUGCAUUGGGGAAGUGACGGGCACCACCGGCAUCUGUGGUCCGAGGGAGUUGACCGGGCCAGAGAGGAAUCUGUUUUUAAAUAUGAACCCUGUUAUCUGUUUCCAGGGGCCUGGCAGCUGGAGAGGACAAUGGGCAGAGAGGCUACAUACUGACCUUUGUCAUCGCUUACCUCCGGGACUUGGGGAUGGACUACUGUGUGGUCGCAGAAUCCUUUGAGACAUCGGUGCCUUGGGACAGGGUAUUGGACCUUUGCCAGAAUGUCAAGGAGAGAAUUAUCAGAGAGUGUAAAGAAAGAGGAGUCCAGUUUCAACCGUUGACCUCGUGCAUAGUGACUCAGACCUAUGACUCUGGCGCAUGUAUAUACUUCUACUUUGCCUUCAACUACAGAGGACUGGCGGAUCCAGUCCAUACAUACGAACAAGUGGAGCAUGCUGCCAGAGAGGAGAUCCUAGCCAAUGGAGGAAGCCUCUCGCACCACCAUGGAGAUGGCCAGCUUAGCUGCUUAAAAUGCUUGACUUCCAGAGGAGUAUGAGGCAGGAGGGAGUUUAAGUACAAUUCUUACAAGCUCUUUGGCUGGUCUGUAGCUUAUUCUUUCGAUGUUUGGGGCUGCUCAUGUACAGGCAUAACCAAAGUGGCACUAGACUAGCACAACUGCCAGAGACUUUUGGGUGACACUAGCAAGGUUUUUCAUCCAAUUGGCGACAGACAUUAAAAAAAUGGUGAAUGCCCUUAACGGUGCUGCCCAAGCCAAAAUAAGCUUUGGGCCAAGAGGGCCCUCUAUCCACUCAAUGAUCAGUUCAAACAGCUGAGCUCCAGAAAACAGAGGGGGCAGCUGUUCUGAAGUUGCCCCUUACCUGACUUUUCAGCUGCCUCUUCAGAUGUAGAAGAGAUACAGUAGUAUGUGAUCAGCUGAAGUGUGUAUCUGCACACUAAAAACAGAUGGUUCUGUAUGGUGCCAAUUGAGAGUUCUUUAUCUUGUAACCAUCACAGAUCCCUUUUUGGUGAAAUAUUGACCACUUUGGUUAAGGUUCUACCUGUCUACCUGGGCCUGUUUUGACAAUGGAUGUAUUAUUGGAUAUGAAACAAACCUUCACGUGAACCUGAUUGGUCAACUCCCCUAACCCUCCUGCAUCAAUUAACAUGAACCUUCAGAGGGCUAUAAGAAAACUCAAUCUGUCACCAAAGAUGAUUAUUGGUUUAUUUUUGACCUUUAAUUAACUAGGCAAGUCAGUUAAGAACAAAUUCUUAUUUUCAAUGACGGCCUAGGAACAGUGGGUUAACUGCGUGUUCAGGGGCAGAAGAUGUUGGAUAAAAGUCAGGAAUUCAAUUGGUGAGGGAAUUGCUAUUCUAUAAUGGCAUAGCUGGUAUGACCCUCUUGACUUCUCAACUGUCUGGUAGAGUUGGGUUAUUUCCAAAAUAAACAUCAAGUUGAAAAUAAUGAACAACUAUUGGAAAUUCAACAUGUGUUUCAAGAAGGGACAUGAUCGUAAGGUUCUAGUUGAAACCAACAAGCCUGCUAUCAUAAGAUACAAAACUAAUGGCAAGCGUUAGAAGCCAAAUCUGAUGAUAGUCUCGGUAAUGUGUUUUCGGACCUUCCCUUGUUCGUAUUCUCACGCGGCAGAAAUCUCAGACCAAUUGGUCAACUCUGAUUUACCACCCCGAGAUAUUCCUGAACAACGUCUAUUUGCGCCCCUACUGGAUGGAAACUACAAGUGUAAUGGCUGAGCUCAAUGCAAUGGCACUUAUAAAUGUAGAUCCUUCAAACACCCACAAACAGGGAAAUCAAUCCCAAUCAAAGGUGUUAUUACGUGCUCCACUAAGGCAGUUAUUUAUCUUGUAACUUGUCCUUGUGGUAAAAAAUGAUGUGUGUAGAACAAAGCGUGAAUUAAAAGUACGUAUCUCAGAGCAUCGUAGCACCAUUAGGUGUAAAAACUUGACCUACCCAGUUGCGGCCCACUUUUUGGAGGCAGGCCACUCGAUUUCGUCUCUGCGUUACAUUGGCAUCGAACAUGUCACCCUCCCUAGGAGAGGGGGGUGACCUUGAUAAUUUGUUGUUAAAACGAGAGGCUGCCUGGAUCUUUAACUUAAAGACCCUUGCUCCCUUCGGUCUCAACGUAGACUUUGAUCUGAAGCCAUUCUUGUGAUUUUGACUUUGCCAUUGUAAUUGUUUGUAAGCUUGUGUAGUCUAAAAUGAAUCUAUGAUCGUAUGCUAUCCAUUUGUAUUUUUUUGAAAUGCUGCUCUUUCUAUGCCAUUUUAAUAUUUGAGAAAUGAACCAAUGAUAUUAGGUCACUCUUGGCCAUGAUUACAGACACGUGUGUCUUGACGCUAUAUAAACGAGACAUCCCGCAGUGUUUGUGAUUGUACGCUGAUGAAGACACCUCGGCUGUCGAAAAGUUGGUCAACUAUUAUUUUUGCAUCUGAGUGUGCGGCUCUCCUUUAUUUUUAAGCGUUUAGAAGCCAGCCCUGCCAAUGAAAUGCAAAAUGUGAAACUGAAGUUCAUUAGACAUAGAAUAUUCAAGACAACAAAAUUAGACUUGGAAGGAUGGCCUUGCGAAACUACAGGACACAUCAUGGCAUUGGCCAGUGUGUCACGCCCUGGUCUAAGUAUUUUGUGUUUUUCUUCAUGUAUUGGGUCAGGCCAGGGUGUGGCAUGGAGUUUUUGUAUUGUGGUGUGUUUUGUCUUGGGGUUUUGGUGUGUAUGUUAGUGGGAUUGUAGCUUAGUGGGGUGUUCUAGGAAAGUCUAUGGCUGUCUGAAGUGGUUCUCAAUCAGAGGCAGGUGUUUAUCGUUGUCUCUGAUUGGGAACCUUAUUUAGGCAGCCAUAUUCUUUGGUUGUAUUGUGGGUGAUUGUCCUUAGUGUCUUGAUGUCCUUAUUCUGUGGUAGUUUGCACCAGUUUAGGCUGUUUUCGGUUUUCAUUCCGUUUAUUGUUUUUUUGAGUUUGUGUUUUGAUUCGUGUUACGUUGUUUUAUUAAACAUGGAUCGAAAUCUA